AGGACGAUUCAUAUGCGCUUGGUUUGACGGCAUCAUCCUCUGACUUCACUUUUUAAUAAUUUAACAAUUAGAGUUGAUUUGUGACCAACAAUUAGACAGUGAGAUUGACACAUAGCCUACCUGUAGACCUACGCCAAUUCCUUGUCUUUUCUCCUGCCCCCACUAGUCUCGACCCCGCCCACACUUCACGUUAUUGAAGGAAGAAGAAUUUGCUGCAGUCACUCGUAUUUUGCAUUUUGCAAGAAUCUUUCCCCGUAUGCUUAGAAAUAAAUUAAGUGUUGCUUAAUUGGACUAGCCCGCCUGCGUUGAGAGCCCCAACGGGAGGGAAUAUAUAGAGGUACCUUCACUCAGCAUCAGUGGAACAUGGACAGCGAGGGCAGAAAGGUUGUCGUCUGUGACAAUGGCACAGGGUUUGUCAAGUGUGGCUUCGCUGGCUCCAACUUCCCCGAGCACAUCUUCCCUGCGUUGGUGGGUCGGCCCGUCAUUCGUUCAAACACCAAGGUCGGAAACAUCGAGAUUAAGGACUUGAUGGUGGGUGAUGAGGCCAGUGAGUGUCGCUCCAUGCUGGAGGUGUCCUACCCCAUGGACAACGGCAUCGUGCGCUCCUGGGAAGACAUGCUUCACCUGUGGGACUACACCUUUGGCCCUGGGCGCCUCAAUAUCAGCCCCCCAGACUGCAAGGUGCUGCUGACGGAACCGCCCAUGAACCCCACUAAGAACCGGGAGAAGAUUGCUGAGGUCAUGUUCGAGACCUACCAGUUCCACGGCAUCUAUGUGGCCAUCCAGGCCGUGCUCACACUCUAUGCCCAGGGGUUACUAACGGGUGUGGUUGUGGAUUCGGGUGACGGUGUGACCCACAUCUGUCCCGUAUACGAGGGCUUCUCUCUCCCCCAUCUCACGCGCAGGCUGGACAUCGCAGGGCGUGACAUCACACGCUACCUCAUCAAGCUGCUGUUGCUGCGCGGCUAUGUCUUCAACCAGUCGGCGGACUUUGAGACGGUCCGCAUGAUGAAGGAGGAACUAUGCUACGUGGGAUACAACAUAGAUCAGGAGCAGAGACUGGCCACAGAGACCACCGUGCUAGUGGAGUCAUACAUACUCCCUGAUGGUCGUCAGGUGAUGGUGGGAGGGGAGCGGUUUGGGGCCCCUGAGGCCCUCUUCCAGCCCCACCUCAUCAACGUAGAGGGAGCCGGUGUGGCUGAGCUGCUGUUCAACACCAUCCAGGCUGCUGACAUAGAUCUCAGGUCUGACUUCUACAAGCACAUUGUGCUGUCUGGAGGCACCACCAUGUACCCCGGCCUUCCCUCCAGACUGGAGAGAGAGAUCAAACAGCUCUACCUGGAGAGGGUGCUGCAGGGGGACACCGAGAAGCUCUCUAAGUUUAAGAUCCGCAUUGAGGACCCUCCACGGCGUAAACACAUGGUGUUCAUGGGUGGAGCAGUGUUGGCCAACAUCAUGAAGGAUAAGGAGUCCUUCUGGCUGAGCCGGGCUGAGUACCUGGAGAAAGGCCUAAGGGUUCUGGACAAACUGGGAGGAGGCGUGAGAUAAAGGGGAAAUAGGGGUUAGGUAGGGUCUCACACACACAAGGUCUGGGGGUGCCGGACAAACUGGGGCGCGGCAAUAGAUAGAAGUCCUCGGCCGUAUUGACUUGGCACAAAUGGAAGAAAACGCUGUGCUCUAAUGAACACGACACUGGAUAAAAUGGGGGGCCGGGGUCAGCUAGACUUAAUACAAAACAAAGAGUAUAUGAUACUGUGUUAAAAACUGUGAUUCUGUAAUUGAGAAGUGAUAAUGCUUUCCUGGAUGCAUAGGGGCCAGCCAUUAGCUCGGAUUAGAAAUCUCUGUUAUAAGUCUGUUAUAAGAAGCAUGACAUGGAAUAGCAUUUUCCUCUUCGUAACGAUCAACUUUCCAAGAUGUCUUCAUUGUCAAAUUGACAUAUUGUAUUGCAUACAAUACAACAAUUACACAGUACAAUUCCACAAUAGAAGUGUGCAAUUGUAAUGUUUCACAUUUUUACCAUUUUAAUUCUCACUGUGUCAAAUUGAACCGUUUUGAUGUAGCUCGUCAUGUUGUUUCAAAUGCAUAUGAAAAGAAAUACAACUGACUUUAAUCUAACUGCCAAAUUGAAUAAAGUGAAUGUUAUGGUCUUUCAUGACUGAAUUGCC